AUGGCUCUGAGCUUUGCUGUGACAAACGGAAGUGAACACAACAAUGGCAAGAUAACCUUGUUCGUUGUCUUAUCUUGCAUGAUGGCUGCCAUGGGAGGUGUCAUCUUCGGCUAUGACAUUGGCAUAUCAGGUGGGGUGACUUCAAUGGAGCCAUUUCUGGUGAAGUUCUUCCCAGAGAUAUACAAGAAGAUGAAGGAGGACACAGAAGUGAGCAACUACUGCAUAUUUGACAGUCAACUACUGACAACAUUCACUUCAUCGCUCUAUGUGGCUGGGCUGCUUACUUCCUUCAUAGCUUCGUAUAUCACCAGAGCUUUUGGAAGAAAGCCUUCCAUUACUGCAGGAGGUGCUGCAUUUCUUGCUGGUGCAGCCUUUGGUGGUGCAGCUUUUAAUGUCUAUAUGCUCAUUAUUGGUCGCCUUUUGCUUGGUGUUGGAGUUGGCUUUGCAAACCAGUCAGUUCCUCUGUAUCUCUCAGAAAUGGCGCCACCAAGACUAAGAGGUGCAAUCAACAAUGGUUUUACAAACAACGGGUUCCAACUUAGCAUUGGAAUUGGAGCUUUGUGUGCUAAUUUUAUCAACUAUGGCACAGAGAAGAUCAAAGGUGGAUGGGGUUGGCAUAUCUCACUAGCCAUGGCAGGAGUGCCAGCCUUGAUCCUCACACUUGGUGCACUUUUCCUCCCAGAAACUCCCAAUAGCCUAAUCCAACGCAAUAAAGAUCACCAAAAGGCAGAGUUAAUACUUCAACGAAUUCGAGGAACCGAUGAUGUCCAAACUGAGCUUGAUGGUCUCAUCAAAGCAAGUUCAACAUCAAAAGACACUGAUCACUCAUUCAAGCUUAUCCUGAAACGAAAAUACAGACCUCAACUUGUAAUGGCAGUAGCAAUACCGUUUUUCCAGCAAGUGACAGGGAUCAAUGUCAUAGCCUUCUACGCCCCUUUGCUUUUCAGAACACUAGGGUUAGGUGUAAGUGCUUCACUCUUGUCUGCUGCCAUGACUGGCAUUGUAGGCACCGGCUCGACCUUCAUAUCAAUGCUUGUAGUCGACAAAAUUGGCCGGAGAACCUUGUUUGCAAUAGGAGGCAUUCAGAUGUUAGCAUCUCAGAGUAUAGUAGGAGGGAUAAUGGCAGCUUAUCUGAAAGAUAAUGGAGGAUUGAGCAAAGGGUAUGCUUACUUGGUUUUGGUGAUGAUAUGCAUAUAUGUUGCUGGAUUUGGUUGGUCAUGGGGGCCAUUGGGGUGGUUAGUACCAAGUGAGAUUUUUCCAUUGGAGAUUCGAUCUGCCGGGCAAAGCAUCACAGUGGCAGUGAGCUUCCUCUUCACUUUCAUUGUUGCUCAGACAUUUUUGACCAUGCUUUGCCACUUCAAGUCUGGGAUUUUCUUCUUCUUUGGGGGUUGGGUGCUGGUGAUGAGUGUGUUUGUGUACUAUUUCCUGCCAGAGCCCAAGAAUGUGCCUAUCGAACAGAUGCAAAAGGUGUGGCAUGAACACUGGUUUUGGAAGAGAAUGAUGGAUGAAGGGAUUGAGAAGAGAGAACAAGAGAGUGGUCUCUGAUGAAAAGUCUAGAUCCAAGUUUUUUAGGCUCUUCUGUUAUAAUGAAAGAAAACAAAUUAGUUUCCUUCAUACACAAUGCCCAUCAUGUCUCUCUAAU